AUGUCUCUCGUGGAAGAUGCUGAAGGGGUCAGGAGGCCAAACGACCCUUAUGCAAAGCCUCCUGAGCCCAUCAAACAUCUUUUCAAAUAUUGGCGGAAAACAGCAGAUCUUGAUCUGCGCCGCAGCUCCUCAGAAGGGGUAUCCGACGUCUUUUUGAAGGGUCCUCGUGGACAAGACUCAACUUUUGAAGUGAUCGAGCUGACCGAGCUGAUACCCAACAAUUAUAAACAGGUGCUGAUGACAUUUUGCGGCCCUGAUGCUGUUCACUUCCUGCCGAAUUCUACCGGCGUUCAAGAGCAAUCAGCAGCGGCUUUUGAGGUGUCUUCGCUGCCCGGACUUUACGUCUUCCCAUCACUCCUCCCACCACAUGUCCAGAUCGCCCUCCUAGAGAGGCUGCUUCACCGUGACCUUCAAAAUCCUUCACAUAAGACAAAUGUUGACUUGCACUACCAUGUACCGGUUCCAAGCCUACCAAAAGAUGCUUCUAGGGGAAUUGAACGCUCUCCAGGUCCAGGAUCGUUCUUCGGUCAAGACCGAGACUCGGAUAUCCUUCCUAAAGAGCCCGCUGUUCACAAAUCGAUAACCUUGAUGCAGAUGCUCGAAAGCAAGCUACGGUGGGUCACCCUAGGGGGACAAUACGACUGGACGAAAAAGGUUUAUCCAUCUGAGGUACCUCCGGCGUUCCCUUCAGAUAUAGCGGAUUUCAUAAAAGGGCUAUUUCCUGAUGUCAAUCCGCAAGCUGCAAUCGUGAAUUUCUACAGCCCAGGUGACACGCUCAGCGUCCAUCGAGAUGUCAGCGAGGACUGCGCCAACAGUCUUAUAAGCGUAAGCAUUGGCUGCGACGCGUUGUUCAUUGCUGGAAAUCAGGAUGGAAGCCGUACAAGCACAAUGAGGCUGAAGUCUGGCGAUGUUCUGCUCAUGUCAGGUGAGUCCAGGUACGCCUGGCACGCUGUGCCAAAGAUCAUUCCUGGCACCUGUCCACAUUGGUUAGAAGACUGGCCAGGAGGAUCAGACACGAGCGAAUACCAAGUUUGGCGUGGAUGGAUGAGCAACAAGCGGAUCAAUCUUAAUGUGCGACAAAUGGCAAGCUCUGGGGAAUAA